AUUCUCUAAGGAGAAAAGAAAAAGAAAGAAUUCGGGUGUGGUUAAUCCAAUCAUUAUUAACCAAAGGUACUUAGAACCCUAAGGCCUCAACACAAAGCAGAGGGAGAGAUUUAGAACCACAAAGCAAAAAUGGGAGUAGAGAAAGAGUUGCUGAGAUCUGGAACCGGUCCCAAACCCACCGCCGGACAGUUGGUCACCGUCCACUGCACCGGCUUCGGAAAGAAUGGCAAUUUGUCUGAGAAAUUUUGGAGCACAAAGGACCCUGGACAGAAGCCUUUCUCAUUUAAAAUUGGUCAAGGCGCAGUUAUAAAAGGUUGGGAUGAAGGUGUGCUUGGCAUGCAAGUAGGAGAAGUUGCUCGUCUCCGGUGCUCUCCAGACUAUGCUUAUGGCCCUAGUGGAUUCCCUGCAUGGGGCAUACAACCAAAUUCAGUCUUAGUUUUUGAAAUUGAAGUUCUGAGUGCUCAGUGAUCAUCUCUUUUUAAAUUGCAAAUGUAGUUUGUUAUGAGAAGCUUUGAUUUUUCUGUGUUUUUCUUGAUGAAUAAUUGCCAUCUAUUCGAACAUGUUAUGUAUGUUUAAUUUUAAGCAAGUUAUGAUCCUCUUGGUUA